AAUGUUUUCAAACCAGCCACAAGCUGGAAGGGUACGCAGAUCGCCUCUGGCUUUCAUUUUAAUACUUAAUAUUUAAAAUAUACCAUUUCUAUAACCUAAUUCUUAUUAGUGAGUGAACAUAGCUAAACGAAUGAACAAGUGGAACUCGAAAGGCACUGUUAAGGCACAUCAUGGCCGCACUAAGGAGUAGCUGGCGCAGCUAGUCACCGGCUGCACCAUGGCCAAACCCGGGGGCGACCGAGAAGGCACCAUGGUGGAGAAACAAGCAGGGAAGAAGAGCAAAGAUAAGAUUUCUCCCUUCACCAAAACCCCAAAGCUGGACCGUGGUGAGCUCCUGGGGAAGGAGACGAAGCAGAAGUCUUCCAUGAAGCGCAAGCUCUCCUUCACCGUCAGUCCGUCCCACAAUGACGAGCGGGACUCCGACACAGAUUCUGACCCAGGACACUCGAGUGAGACCUGGGGGGAAACAUUAGCCCCUCCCUGUGGGAUUUACUCAGAUAAAGACGGUCCUGACAAGAAGAAAGUGAAGAAGGAGACGGGAAACAAGAAGUCGACUCCCGUGAACAUCCUGUUCGGAUAUCCCCUGUCUGAGCGAAAGCAGAUGGCCCUGCUCAUGCAGAUGACAGCAAGAGACAACAGCCCAGACUCCACCCCCAGCCACCCUACGCAGACCCCGCCUGUUCAGAAGAAGAUUGCAAGCUCCGCGUCCUCCAGGCAGAAGGACAAGGUCAACAAGAGGAAUGAGCGGGGGGAGACCCCCCUCCAUAUGGCCGCUAUCCGUGGCGAUGCCAAGCAAGUCAAGGAGCUCAUCAGCCUGGGAGCCGACGUCAAUGUCAAAGACUUUGCAGGCUGGACCCCCCUUCACGAGGCCUGUAACCUGGGUUACUACGACGUGGCCAAGGUCCUGAUCGCAGCAGGGGCGGAGGUCAACACGCAGGGGCUGGACGAUGACACGCCGCUGCACGAUGCCUCCAGCAGCGGGCACAAGGACAUCGUGAAGCUACUGCUGAGACACGGCGGAAACGCCUUCCAGGCCAACAAGCGCGGGGAACGGCCAGUGGACGUGGCCGACUCACAGGAGCUGGAGCGGCUGCUGAAGGGGGAGGUCCCGCUGUCCGAGCCAGAGGAGAGCUCCUCAGAAUCAGAAGACCCUCCAUCAGUAAACCCCUCCAGUGUUGAUGAAAACAUGGAGUACUCUGACACAGAAAAGGACACUGACGCAAAACAGGCCAACGCUGCCAAAUCGUCAGCCUCCAUGUCCGGGAUGGAUGAGUACGAGUUCAAGGAUGAGGAGGAGGAGGAAGAGGAAGACCUGAGCAAGGCACUGAACGACCGGCAUAUCCUCAGGAGGGAGCUUCGUCAGCGAGAGAAAGACGAGAAGGACAGCAACCACUUCCUGUCCAAACAGGACAAAGAGGGCAAGUCUAAGAAGCAGAAGCCAUCUCGGGUCCUGUACUGCAGUUCGGAGAGCUCCAGUGAUGAUGCCGAGCUACACCCCGAGAGGAAGAGCUCUCCCACCUGCUCCCUCGCCUCUGUUGAAGGGCACAAACCUGAGGGGAGGACGAAAAAAGACGCCGGUCUCACGGCCGAACACAAAGAGAAGGGCAAGGUCAAAAAGAAGUACAAAAAUCAGAGCAAAAACAAGGAGAACCAGGAGAUGAAGGAGGAUGGGAAGGAGAACAGCAAAGCAUCAUUCUUUUCCUCCUCCACCUCCACCGGGCUGGAGACCCCAGACAAGGCCGGCAGAGAGGAGGACUCCUUCAAGAUGUCUUUCAGUCCCAAGGAUGACUCGUCCGUCCACCUCUUCCAUCUGCCACCAGCGAGGUCUCCCAAGCUCAACCAUGGCCUGGCCGACAAGCAGCCCGCCCCCCUCAAGCAGGAAAACGCUAAGACCUGUCUUUCCAUGGGAGGCGGGCAGUGUCAGGUGGACAGCUUAAAACACGACCGGCAUGCCGAGCCAGAGUACGCCACCGAGAGCUGCAGCAGCAAGGGAGCCAAGCACAAGGAAAAGAGCAAGCACCACCACAAAGAGCUCAACCUGGACGGUGACGACAGAAGCUCCAGCCCCUACAGAGAGGACGUCAGCUUGGACAGCACGGAGGGGGCCUUGCGGAAGACCGACAAAGAGGGCAAAGUCAUCAAGAAGUAUAAGCUGAAACACCGGGAGAAGGACAAAUACAGGAAGGAGUGUGAGGCUGAGAAGGACAGGCACAGGCCGAAGGAAGCGAGGAAAGAUGGCCACAGGAACCUAGAAUUUGACCGGGAAUUCUGGAAAGAGAACUUCUUCAAAAGCGACGAGAAUGAGGAGCUGCUCCCGGGGAGAACGGAGGCGGCUGAAGGCGGGUCGCUAGACAAGGCGAUGGAUUCGUCCCCCGUUAAAGAGGAGAGAGCGGGGAGAGAAAAACACGCCAGCAGCAGCAAAGAGAGGAGGCAGAAGGAAGAGCGGGAAAAGGACAAGGCCCUUAAAAAGGACAAGGAGUUCCUGUACAAAGAGGAGAAGGGGAGGGAGGGGAAAACGGGUGAACAGGAAGAGAAAGCUGAUAGCCUGGCCUCCGAUCGAGGGUGUGAAGACUCUGCACACAGCACCGCUGUAAAAGAGGAGUCAGAGGAGCAGUCUAUAACGGAGAGACAUACUGAGCAGGACCAACGGGACCAACCAGAAAAAGGUGCACGGGAGAAAACUGAAAAGAGAGUCCCGGGGAAAGAGAGGGAGGCUGAAAAGGCGGACAAAAAGCAUUCCGACAAAGAAAAGAAAAUCAAAGCAGAGCACUCCCCAGACAAAUCCGAGUCCUACAACUGUGCAGAGAAGUGGAGGGAGAGGGAAAAGACGGCAACAGGCUCCUCCCAUUCUCCUGGAGACAGAAACCACAAGGAGAGUGAGAAGCUGAAGGCCAUCCUGACCGCAAAGAAGCCAGAGGAGAACAAGAAAAGUAAAGACAGGCCAGACAGGAAGAGUGAGAAGGCAGAGAAAGAGAAGUCUGAGAAGGAGCGCUGUCCAGGGGAAAACAGGGAGAGGGAGAGGGAGAGGACCAGCACAGACAAGAAGAGCAAAGCCCUGGAGAAAGUUCCAGAUCAAAGCAAGCCUGACCGCACAAAAGAGAAAGAAAAAGACAGUGACAAAAAGAAGAAGGAGAAAGGAAAAGACCUGACUUCAUCCAGCUCGAACCUCAAGUUGCUUCUGGAGGAGAAAAAGAGCAGUGUGUCUGAAAGCAACAGGAUGUCCCAUGACAAGACUGCCUCUGUAAAGCUGAAGGAGGAAGUGCUGAGAACACCAGAGAAAGACCGGCGAGAUCGGGACAGAGAGCCUGACAGACACAAAGACAGGGAUCGUCACAAAGACAGGUCGCAGCCCAGUAAAGUCAUCAAGAACAAGGCCAACGAGGUGGAGGCCGACAAGGCUAAACCCAAAUCCUCGCCUGCCCCCAGGGACACCCGGCCUAAAGAGAAAAGGCUGGUCAAUGAUGACCUCAUGCAGACCAGUUUUGAGCGAAUGCUGAGCUUGAAGGACCAGGAGAUUGAGCAGUGGCACAAGAAACACAUGGAGAAGAUAAAGCAGAAAGAGAGAGAGAGGAUGAAGCAGCGGCCGGGGCCGGACCUGGGCAAGCCCAAGAGCAAAGACCGACCCAAAAGCUCCCUUGGUGAGGCCAGCUACAGCAAGGAGCUGCUGCGCUCCAAGAGCUCAGAGGCCUCUGAAGCUCACGGCCGAGAGAAAGCACUCAGAGAUGCCACCAGCACCAGAUCAUUCUCCCUGGACGCUAAGAGCCUGCCUCACACUGGAAAGCUGGGCGUUAGUCUGGAGAACAGCCUGAGUCGCUCCCCACGGCCCGACAGCGAGAGGUCCGGCCUCAUGUCCAGAUCAGUGUCCAUGAUAUCCGUGGCCAGCUCAGAGGACUCUUGCCAGGCGGCGGCCCUCACGCCCAGGCCCCUCGCUGAGUACGACUCAGACUUUGCUCCGGAAGGUUCCGACUCACUGCUGUCCUUCUCACAGUCUUCCUUUGUUGUGCACCCUGCCCGGUCACCUGCCGUUCAGGAAAGAGAAAACGAAGGCAAUCUUGAUGUGGCAAACCGGAGCAGGGCUUCGUUACCUGUCAGACAUGCAUCCCCUUAUCUGAGGUCUAUACUAGAUGAAGAUGCGAAGCCUACAUUAGCUGAAGGCAAGCCUGCUGAGGAUCUAGGUAGGACUGGCGUGGCGGUACCUCCCAGCGGGGAACACUCCAAGAGUCCUCUGCCCAACAGCAGUGUGGCAGUCACCCAAGAGAACUGCAGUGGUCCAUUACCCCAAAGCCUCAGCCAUUCCAGCCCUGAUGCUGAGAAUCCAGACAGUGGUGUCAGUGAGAUGUUCGCCUUGGGCAGUCAUCUUCCUAUUGUGUCAAACAGCAGGGAUCCUUCGAGGAAGGACACAGAAGAAACGGGCAGCCAGCUGGUCACCCUCUCACAAACAGACUGCAAGCAGCAGAGCAUGCUAGAAGCUAAAAGGCCGUGUACCACGGACUCCCUGUCAGAGAGGAGUGCACUGUGGCCCCCUGUGGAGGACUGCAGAGAGGAGAACUGCAGCGAGAAACCAAACCUGGAGCCAGGCCAGAAGGAAACCGAGGACGUGUCAGGGGGAGCGUUCACACCCUCUCUACCUUCGCAACAUCCACUGCCCGCGAACCCCGUGGUACCGUCCGAUUCCUGCGGCGAACAGCGGGAUCAGCACAGAGAUCCCAGCCUGGAGUUGUCGCAGAGAGAUGAGGCCGAUUUACAUUCAGGAGCCGAGCGGAGAGAAAAGCCUGAGUCGUUGGAGGGUGACCAUGACAGCACAGAGGGCAAAGAGGAGAAACUGAGGAAGGGGAACAUGUGGAGCGGUGUGUCUGGAAGCAUCAAAGCAGAGUGUGCAAGCAGCCCCGGGCCCUCUAACAUCCCCAUAUGUAGCAGUAGUCAAAGGGCCGACAGAUCUGCGGGGGACUCCCUCUUCAUUUCCAGUGUGGGCAGCGCAGAAGCUAAGGACACUCCAGACAACACGGAGGCUGAAGACGUGGGUACAAAAGACACUAAAAUGCCAAAAUCCAUAAAGGAGUCUACAGACCUGCGUGAUCCUCACUCAGACCAACAUGAAGGCGGCCAUCCCACAUCAUCGUCUGUUGUAGGAUCAUGCUCUGCAGGCACUGAACAUCAGACCGAGGGGGCUGAUGCCUCCGAGGGCCAGGAGAGGAGUGGAAGCAUGGAGGCAGCAGAGAGGGAAGGGCCUGUGGCAGGGGAAAACCCGCAAACCCUCGCAGCUUCAGAUGUGAAGGCUGAAGUAUGCCAGGAGCCUGUCCCUGACUAUGCUGCCAGGGAGGAGAAAUCUCAGCAGCAGCAAGAGGUGCCGGCAGUACCCCACGGCACCCCCCAAGGGGAGCACCAAGCAGAGCACGGCAACACCUGCUCAGGAAGUUCCUCCCCUCUGCCGGCGGAUGGUGACACCUUGGGUGCCAAGGCCAAGACGCGACCGGUGGAGGACGAGGACAUCCAGGUGCACCACCCGCGGAAGCGGAAGAUGCCGCGGGUGUCGCAGGUCGGUGGCAGCGCUCAGCAGGCCAAGGACAAGACCCAGCAGUCCCUGGCGGCCAUCGUGGACUCGCUGAAGCUGGAGGAAAUCCAGCCCUACCAGACGGAGAGGGCCAACCCCUACUACGAGUUCCUGCACAUCCGCAAGAAGAUCGAGGAGAAGAGGAAAGUGCUGUGCAGCGUCAUCCCACAGGCACCCCAGUACUAUGACGAGUAUGUUACCUUCAACGGUUCCUACCUACUGGAUGGAAACCCUCUCAGCAAGCUGUGCAUUCCGACCAUAACUCCACCGCCCUCCUUGCCUGACCCUCUGAAGGAGAUGUUUAAACAGCAGGAGGUUGUGCGCAUGAAGCUGAGACUGCAGCACAGUAUUGAGCGGGAAAAGCUGAUCGUGUCCAACGAGCAGGAAGUCUUGCGUGUCCAUUACCGUGCGGCGAGAACACUAGCCAAUCAGACGCUUCCUUUCAGCGCCUGCACCGUACUGCUGGACGCAGAAGUGUACAACAUGCCCCAGGAUGCGCAGGGAGAAGAUGGAAAAACAUCCGUGCGGGACAGGUUCAACGCCAGACAGUUCAUGUCUUGGUUACAGGAUGUUGAUGACAAGUUUGACAAAUUAAAGACAUGUCUCCUGAUGCGGCAGCAGCAUGAGGCAGCAGCCCUAAAUGCAGUGCAGAGGCUGGAGUGGCAGCUGAAGCUGCAAGAGCUUGACCCUGCCACCUACAAAUCCACAAGCAUUUUUGAGAUCCCCGAAUUCUACAUCCCGCUAGUCGACGUCAACGAUGACUUCGACCUCACCCCGAUAUGAGGCGCUGCUUGGGAAGGGGCAGACUCCACCUCACCCCAUUUGCGGUUAGGCGCCUCACAAGGGGGCGUCAUGUGCGAAACGCAAAAAAAGCACUUAAAAACCCCACGGAAAGUGCUCAGCCAAUGGCUGGGUGGCUCUCCGCCCCCAGAGCUUCUGCAGAAAGCCCGGGAGACGUUGACCCUUCCUGCGGAUGAAAAAAAAACGCACCCAUGGCUACAGACCAAUCGCUACCACUACCCCUGUGGGAGCACUUUGGCUACCCUAAAAUGGUGGGAGGACACGUGGCCAGAUGGGUGCGGGCAGAGGGGGAAACAGGCACUUACACAGUAGCAGCACUUACCACAGGGUGCAGGGCCCGGGGUGUGGUGGCCCCCCAGAGGAACACACAGAUGCCAGGGGGGGGACACGGCCUCAGAGACACCCCUACCACUGCUCCACCUCCCACUGAACACCGCCAGAGAUGAGACCAGCUUUCCCCUCAGCGUGUUUCUAAGUGG